CCUUGACAACGAGAUGUUUGGGGUUUUACGCUCGAACAUACUCAGUCAAGAGGAACUUCCGACGCUGACUAAGUUGUAUAAUAUAAUGGUCCAGGAGGAACGUCACCGCAACAUGACCCGCGGUAGAGACGAACAACCGGAGGUUACUGCCUUUGCGGUGCGGCAAAGUGCACCGAAACAAGACGAGGAGCCAAAACUUGUGUGUGGGUAUUGUAAGAAGAAUGGCCAUGAUGUUGAACACUGCUUCAAACGUAUCGGCAAAUAUCCCGACUGGUGGUUUGAUAACCCGGGAAGAGGACGCGGAGGCCGUGGCCGUGGGGCAGGAAGGGGACGAGGAAGAGCUACUGCAAAUGCGGUGCAUGCCGGACCUGAAGAAGCUGCUGCACAGCCCAAGGAUGAAAAACCGGACCUCACGGCCUCACAUGGGUCGCAGGUAUUUACUCAAGAGCAGUGGCGUGCUCUUAUGAAAGCAAUGGAGAAUUUCCAGGUCACUGCCUCUUCUGAAAAAUUGACAGGCCCUACCUUCGAGGACGCCGAUUGGAGUGGGUAGAAGAUGUGGGGGGUCUA